UGUUUGACAUCCAAUUGAAUAGUAGAUAAUUAGAAAAUCAAUGUGCUCUAGUGGUGUCAUUAAACAAAACAAACUGUUAACUUUUAUUACAACAAUCUCUUUUGCAUUAGUUGACGUCAGUUCGACACUCGACAAAGCCGUUCACAGGAAGAGGUGGCUACACACACUCUCAGGGACGCCCCCCAGUAUCUUCGUGGUCAGCGCCCUCUAUGCGUGGCGGAUUCGAACACAGGAGAGGGAGAGGGUCGGCUGCAAGAGGCUAUCCUGUAAGGGGGAGAACUCCACAUCUAAGCCCCCCAAGGGGGAGAACUCCAUUUUCUGACAUUAAACAGUCCCUGGAUUCUAACAAUGAUACAGAGUGGACAGCGCCAUCUACACACAGCAGAUUCAAACACAAGAGAGGGAGAGGGUCGGCUGCAAGAGGAGGCUAUCCUGUAAGGGGGAGAACUCCAUUUUCGGACACUACACAGUUCCAGUAUUCUAACGAUGAUACAGAGAUCUGGGAGAUGGAAGACAUUGAAAAUAUCGACAACAACUUGGGAAACGACCAAUCGGAUAAUUGGAAUGACCAGCCAAUACCACUUAUGGAUAUCAAAAUUACAUUUAAUGUGAACAAUUCAUCGUCCAGCCAUCGGUAUGACAGUGCGAAAGGAAAUCGGAAGGUGAGGUCAGUUCGACACCUGACAAAGCCAUUCAGAGGAAGAGGUGACUACACGCACUCUCGGGGACGCCCUCCAGUAUCUUCAUGGUCAGCGCCCUCUGUGCAUAGUGGUGGAUUCGAACACAAGGGAGGACGAUGGUCAGCCCCAAGGGGAGGCUGCUCUGAAUGGGGGAGAAUUCCACUUUUAAGGACUCCAACCGAGAAAGCUCCAUGUUUCACCAAUCCAAGGGAGAGAACUCCUUUUAGGCACAUGAGAUGGUGCCAGCAGAUGGCCAUAGAUCACAGUUAUCUUCCCAUUUACAUGUAAAGCAAACUCCUGAAAUAUAUAGGCACGAGUAGUCUCAGGAGAUAGGAUUUGAAAUUUCAUGGGAAACACUUUGUUUGUUCUGUGCCUUGUGAUCAUGGGAACCAAUUGGAAACUGUUUUAUUUUUCUGUGAAAUCCAAAGGCCUGUGUCUGCUAUUUGGCUGUGAUUAUUUUUUAUUACAUACUUAUUCAAUCUUACUAUAGUGAUAGACAUUUUGAAACCGUGUGAUAAAUUUAUUUUGUAUCGCACAUACAUAAUGAUUAUAAAAUCCACUGCAUGUUUGGAGUGAGCGAGUUUCAGAAAAACCAUCUACAAAAGGAUGAGUGACAGAAAUAAUUUCUAGUUCAAUGAUUCUUAUAAUUUUAGUAUAAUGAUUAUAAAAUCCACUGCAUGUUUUUUUGUAUACCAUGAGGUCACUCCUUCUCUCAGCUGAUAUAUGUUACAUCACUAAAAGGAAUGCAUACAGCAUUACAUAUUAUGUGACGUCCAGUACUAUUGUUGAUUAUGGAAUGACGUAAUACAGAGGUACCAACCUCCUAAACAACAAAACCAAUUAACCAAUGAAAAAGGCACAUUACCGUGUAAGAGACAUGUGCUAGCACGGAUUUCAGGCACCUUUCUACUGGAAUAUUGAACUAUCAAUAAUACACUGAGGACUCCAAGACACUGGCACAUGAUUACAGUUGUUAACAGUUCUAACUGCAAACUGACAAAUAUGGUGCAAGCACCUCUUAGUAGGAUUUAUAUCAGUUUUUUGUGUCAAAAUCUUCAUUUUCAAAGUUGUCGACAACAAAAAACAUAUGUUGUGUACUGAUAUAACAUAUACAGGACCUAUUCAUAUUAAUAUGCAUUUAUAUGCGCUGUUUUGUCUUUUACCAAGUGGCCACAUGUAUAACACAGUAAAUUAGGUAAAUUCAAGAAAAUAUGUCAAAACAUGUCUAAUAUUCCCGCAGAAUAGUGUAUAAAAUUUGUUGCAAAUGUCUUCACUUUUUUUACCUUCACCAUGUCUUUAAGAUAAUAAGGCACCAAGCCCCCAAUUAUCAUCUCUAAAAUAUUAAAUUUCACAGGUACAGAUUUUAUUAAAGAAAAUUUUAUUUGAAUUUAGGUUAAAAUGUUUAAACACAGUCUCCAUAUAUUUUAAAUUUAAAGGUGAUAUCCAGGUAGUCUGUGAGCAUUACUUUAAUGUACCGUAUAUCAUUAAAAUGCAUUAGUGUGGGCCAGUUUUUAUAAAUAAAAUUGUACUGAUAGGCCACAGAUCACAGUUAUCUUCCCAUUUUUUGUUUACCAAAACCCGGAAAUAAUCCGCACAAGUAGUCUGCUGUUUGACUGAUUAUUUUUUGUUUGACAGCUUUGUAGUGACAAUUAUUUGACUGAAAUUGUCGGGGAAGAGCAUGUAAUUUGAAAACAUGUAACUUAUUUUUUGUGGUAAUUCCCGCAUAUGUAGUACUUUUAGUGUAAAAUAACUGCACUUUGUCAGGUUUAGCAGGCGUGUUGGACUUAUAUCCUGGGAGAAUAAGUUGACCUCACAUUCGUUGAGAUAUACUGUUACUUUUAUCUUGUUCAUCCAAUAGGAUUUCAAAUCACACCUGAAAACCUCAAUAGAACGACCCCUGCCCAAGUCUAGGGGGUUAAUACAAGCUGUUCAAACCGAGGAAAUAUACUAUAAUAUUACCUAGUAACAUGAUAUGUUCUGUAUCACUGUACCCCUUUAAGUGCCGUACUUACUUUUUAUUCAUCUACUUAUGAAAUCCAACCAGUGCACAACUGGUAAAAGGCUGUGGUAUGUGCUUUCCUGUCUGUGUGAAAGUGCAUAUAAAAGAUCCCUUUCUGCGUUAAGAAAAAUGUAGCAGGUUUC